UCCCUACUACCAUCGCCGUGUCCGCGCAGCCACCCCUCGCCGCCGCCGCCGCCGCGCGACGUCCUACACCUCUCCUAGCUUCCAGGAGCGCCUCCGCGUGGCUGGAUCCGGCGGGUUGGAGGGACCGAGAGCGGGGGUGGGAUGAAGGCUGGGAGGAAGAACCUGCGGCGGGCGUGCAGCGAGGGCGCCGUCACGCUCGCGGAGGGCGAGAGCAUCAUGCAGGUCCUCGCGCUCCGGGGAUCCAACGUCAUCGAGGUGAUGGACGCCAAGGGAGUGCAGUCUCUGGCCUUGUUCCCGGCCAAGUUCCAGAAGAGCUUCUGGAUCAAGAAGGGAAAUUUUGUGGUUGUGGAUGCCGGUGGCCGGGAUCAGGCGCUCGAAUCAGGCAGCAAGAUAGCCUGUGUUGUCUCGCAAGUCCUCUUUCAUGACCAAGUUCGGGCUAUGGAGAAAUCCGAUGGAUGGCCAGUUAUCUUCAAGUCAACUUCAAAAGAAGGUUCGGAGGCAGGAACACAAGAUGGAACAACGCCCCAGAUCGAGGAAGAACCAGAUUCUGAUGAAGAUGAUGAUCUGCCACCGCUUGAGGCGAACACGAAUAGACAAAGACCAUUUGAACUGUAUGCCGACUCAGACAGUGAUUCUGACUCUUAAAUUAGUUUACCGUAGGCCAUGCCAUUGAUGCUGUUGUGGUUUCUUGAUGGAAAAAUACACGCGCUGUACUUAUGAUCAAGUCUUACAUUCUGCCAAAAUGUAGUGUCAAAAUAUUCUGAACUUCAAUGUCAUUCAGUAGCAGGCACAAGGCCUCACUUGAAAUAUAGUGCUGAUUAGCUCCAACUGCA